GACUGAACAUUUCAAAAGUUCAGUAAUUAAAUUUCAAAUUUUGAUCUAUUUGCCCAAAGACGUGCUAUCAUAAUGGAACGCAUAAUGCACCUUAUCUGAAAUUAGCUGAACAAAUUCAGUAAAAUUAGUCACCUGCUGGCUCGAAACUCAAAACUGGCUUUACUUCAACCUGAUACUAAUAGUUCGGUUCAAGAUAGUUGAUUCAAGUAAAUUUAAAGGCGAGACUGAAAUUUACCUCCAAUAUUAAAAACACGUUUGAAAUUCCUGGUCUUUCAAAAUUAUAAAUAUCCUUUUUUUAACAUUUUCAUCUCUUUUGAUUACGAUACUCUUGCAUAUACAUUUACAUUUACUAUUUAUUUAUAACCGAACUUUCAAAUCUACUGAGCUCGAAAUUUGAUAACUCUUCACAAUGUCAAAAUACCCGAUGUUCAAAAAUAUAAAUAUUGAUAGCCGUGAUUAUGCCACAAGCAGCCAAGUACGAAAAACCUCUCCUCCUGAUCAAAAUGUAGUUUCCAUAAAUCAAGACUCAGACGAAACUCGACCGUUGAUUCUGUGCAAGGAACACGACUACGCUUUAUGUUCAUUUCAAAGCAUCCAACACCAAUUUCGAAACCUAUUCGGACGCCGACAGUUCGACCGGCCGAACUUUAGCGAGGCAAAUAUAUCUUUAAACAUGCGAUUUAUAACCAACACCGGUCGUCGAAACACUAUCACUAAAAACGCUCCUCGAAGUUUAAAACGCUACUCCAAAACAGUUUUCCAGACGUUAGUGAAUCUCAGAUGGCCGUAUCAGUUUUUAUUUGUUAGUGUCGCUUUUAUAACUACGUGGUUGUUUUUUGGCCUACUUUGGUGGGGGCUUGAGCAACUGAUGAUUUACAUGUUUGACGACGACUGCAUAGCUGGAGUUGAUGGACUGUACUCGGCCUUCCUCUUUUCAAUCGAGACACAAACAACUAUAGGCUACGGAAGCCACUACGUGAAGAACACUUGUAGAAUUGGAAUUGGGAUUCUGCUGUUGCAAAUAGUGAGUGGAGUGCUGAUCCAGAGUCUAAUUGUGGCCAUUGUCAUUUCUAAAUUCACACAUCCCAAGUGGCGCAAGAGGAACGUCAUGUUCAGUGAUAAUUUAUGUGUCUUCGAAGAGAGGGGUAGCAAAAUAGUGGCGUUCCGAAUAGCAGACAUGACCAAUGGGGAACUGUCUCUUCCCGAGGCACAUGUGAGAGUCUACUUGAUUCACAGCAUGCAGUCUACUCCAGGGGGGAACACUCCGCGGAGGGAGGGGUGUCUGGCUAUGGAGGAGCUGGACAUUGGAUAUAAUAAAGGGCACGACCGGAUUCUCCUGCUAGUGCCGUGGGUGGUGGAACACGUGGUCACACCUAGGAGUCCACUGUUCAACAAGUCGAAACAGGAAAUAGAAGAAGGCGUGUUCGAAAUAGUCGUCAUUCUCGAGGGAUCUGUCGAGGAAAGUGGAAGCGUCACCCAAUGCAUUAAAUCCUACACUGGCCAGGACAUUUUAUGGGGAUAUAAUUUCAACACUAUGAUUAGCAAACGAGGCGGAAAAUUCCAAAUAGAUUUCCAUAAACUUAACUCGUGUUUUACUACUCCUAACGUGUCAAACGACGCAUUUUUUCAGUCCUCAACUGAACAACUUAAUCAGCAGAAUUCGUUCACGGAAACAGAUGACAUAGAUAAAGAAGCUUCGCUCUCAUCGGUGCCACCGCCUCGCAAACGCAGUUUUGUCACGGCUUCCUUUCAAAACUGAAACAAUCUCCUAAUUUGUUUCCUCUCACAAAUGAAGAAAGCCGUUAUAACCGAAGUCUAUAUAAAGUCAAACAGUCAAACUCAUAUACUUCACUAAGAAAAUUUGAUACUUUUGUGAUUUCUUUAUAGCUAUCUAUCUGAGUAGAGUGUAAU